AUGAUGAGAACGACCACGACAUUAGUUUCUAUAGCCACUUUUAUUUUGUGCUUAAUUAAUGGACCUUCUGUGGAUGGUGCUGUGAUGAAUGCAGAAAAUGUGUGUCCAGUAGAAGAAAUAGCUGAGGAAUUGAGCUUGCAGAAGCAUGAACAAACUGUUAUGCUACAUACAACGCAAGCUUGCUGGGAUGUCUCACAAGGAUUCCGUUGUAAAGUGAAGACUAACGGUACAAAGAUCUCGUAUAAAGCGUUACCAACGAAAAAGAAGGUAACUGUCUAUAAAUGCUGUUCUGGAUACUACGAAACACCACAGGAGACCUGUGAAGUUUGCUUAGAAGGUUAUUAUGGCAAUAACUGCAGCUUACUUUGUAACUGUUCUGAAAAUGAAAUGUGCGAUAAUGUGAUUGGAUGCUGCGAUCUGCAUACAAAACCAUGCCGUAUUAUACGUAAUGCAGCAGUGAAAGAAUAUGCUGAAAGUAGCAGUUGGGUGUUUCCUGCUCUGCUAACAUUGUUAUUUGCUGUUAUCUUGUUUUCGUUUGGAACAGUUUUCUAUCGAAGAAAAUAUAGAAAGGAAAGGGAUCCUGAUUUUCCAAUUCUUACUUAUUAUCCAAAUGUCAAAGAACUUUUAACUCAUAAUGAAAUUGAAACACGAGAAUUCAACAAUCCAAUGUACCGUAGACCAACAAUUGAGACAGUGCCGGUAAAAGUGGUAUCGGAUGAACCAGUACCUAUCGCUAAGAGUGAGCAGCUAAGAAGUUCUUCAGUUACACACGAAUAUGCAACUUUGGAUUACGCCGUAUCAUCAAGUCCAUACGAAAUUCCACUACAUUCAACACCAUCACCAAGUACUCGAUCCACAGGAAAACUAGGAAGUGAGGAGAAAGAGUAA